UUGGCACAUUUCAUCAUUGUUUCCCCCCUUCCGAAUUCAGAGGAGAUUGGCGUAUUAUCGAGCAAUGGACAUUGUGAUGGCAUUGGCUAUCGGCAAGUUCCCUCUAUUCACCCCGGACCUGAAUCAGUGACAACCUGCGCAGUCAACGUCACAGGAAUCACGUUUCCGCCGGGCUCCUACUGUUUCUACAAAACCUCCACAGUUUGUCCACCUGAGUCCCUUGGAGCCGUGGACAUGCCUCUCAACAUAACCUCAGCCUUCACACUACCUGCGGCACAGGCGGUCUGCCAGGCAUUCAAGGGCUUCAACGUGGACCAGACAAAAGGACUCUGCGUCUACACUCCUGUCAGCGAAAUACCGGAAUCCCUUAUUGUUUGGCCUCGCCGCGUCUUCCCAAAUAACCUACGAGGAAAGACGGAGAUUGUUGUCACAUGUACAGAUCAGGCCACACUUCGAAGUGUCUACCGGGCUGGCAAGAUGCGCAACUUCAUGAUGCGUCAUCGCAGACUUUGGCUGAUUCCCACACCGCUGCAGGACUUUUCUGCGAGCGACUCAAUGGAACUGUGCUAUCAGGAGCUAGAAAACUCAAAGGUCCCCUAUCGGAAUGCACUAGGCUCGCUGGACUACUGUAUCGCGACUUUUGCUACUUGUCCAAAUGAAGAAAGCCUCCGUACAGUUACCACCCUGGGACACAAGAGCCCUGGCGAUGAUGAGAAAGUGCGUGACCUGGUGACCCCGACUGAACUGCAUCGUGACCUGAAGAAGCCAGACGCUNNGAACGGAUGUCCGGCCUUCGCUGGGUACAUGCUCAUUCGACAAUGGCCAGCCGCAAACUACGCCCUUCCAAAACCCGUCACCGGAUGUCCACCCACUUUCACCUCAACUGAUUUCGUGCAUUACCAGGGACGAAACGGAUUUCACUAUUCACAACCUAUUCACUUGGCUGGAGACUUCAUCGCCCACUCAAGAGCCGUAACUCUGCAUUAUUGUCAGCGUUCACCGAGCACGCUAGCGAAGCUGCUUAGCAAACGUCAUGCGGCAACCUUGCCCCCGGGUCACUACUGUGUCGUCUUGGCCGGCCGAAAGUGCCCUGCAGGUUUUACCGCCGGAAGCCUCUCAGUACUUGAAGGACUUUUACAGAGUAAUGACUCGAUGAAAACCAACGAUACUGGUGGCAUCAUAGAUGUGAGCCCAGUUCCUCCUCGUUCGGGAGCCAACAAUGAGGGACCUCGGAUUUUCCGCGAUAAGAUAGAACGCGGCAACAGCGGCCUUACCUUUGACCGCGUGACCUACAUGUUCUGCUGCAGGGCGGACUCGCCUUCAGCUACCAUUCCGAUCACUGGCUUUCCGAGCACAACAGGACCCUUCUAUCUUUAUCGAGUCGGGAAUCUCACCUGCGUCGCCAAUGCUCCAAUGGUGACAGGCUGGGAUUUCACCGUCCAAGCCCCGUUUGAAUCCCUAAGGAAGAACACAACAACAACCUCUGUACAGAACCCCGGAUUUGCUAUCUCGGGUGGCACUGGCCACGAGCGAAGCCCGGACUGA